GGCCGGGGCCUGCGCCGGGCCUGGCGCGAGGGGCGCGGCCCCGGCGGCACAGACAGCGCGGCUGCGGACCGGGACGCACCAUGUGCGGCAUCUUUGCUUACCUGAACUACCAUGUGCCCCGGACCAGGAGGGAGAUCCUGGAGACGCUCAUCAAGGGGCUGCAGCGCCUCGAGUACCGGGGCUACGACUCUGCAGGUGUGGGACUGGAUGGAGGAAAUGACAAAGACUGGGAGGCCAAUGCUGGCAAAAUCCACAUUAUCAAGCAGACGGGGAAGGUGAAGGCUCUGGAUGAAGAGGUUCACAAGCAGCAGGACAUGGACCUGGACAUCGAGUUUGACGUGCACCUGGGCAUCGCCCACACGCGCUGGGCCACGCACGGGGAGCCCAAACCGGUGAACAGCCACCCGCAGCGCUCCGACAGGAACAACGAGUUCAUUGUCAUCCACAACGGCAUCAUCACCAACUACAAGGACCUGCAGAAGUUCCUGGAGAGCAAGGGCUACGAGUUCGAGUCGGAGACGGACACGGAGAGCAUCGUCAAGCUGGUCAAGUACAUGUACGACAACCGCGACAGCGACGACAUCAGCUUCUCCACGCUGGUGGAGAGGGUCAUCCAGCAGCUGGAAGGGGCUUUUGCCCUUGUGUUCAAGAGUGUUCAUUACCCUGGGCAGGCAGUUGGUACCAGGAGAGGCAGCCCCCUGCUCAUCGGCGUGCGCAGCGAGCACAAGCUGUCCACAGACCACAUCCCCAUCCUCUACAGGACAGGGAAGGACAAGAAGGGGAGCUGCAACCUGUCCCGAGUGGACAGCACCACCUGCCUCUUCCCCGUGGAGGAGAAAGCUGUGGAGUAUUACUUUGCUUCUGAUGCCAGCGCUGUCAUCGAGCACACCAACCGCGUCAUCUUCCUGGAGGACGACGACGUGGCGGCCGUGGUGGACGGCCGUCUGUCCAUCCACCGCGUCAAGCGCACGGCCGGCGACCACCCGGGCCGGGCCGUGCAGACCCUGCAGAUGGAGCUGCAGCAGAUCAUGAAGGGUAACUUCAGCUCGUUCAUGCAGAAAGAAAUAUUUGAGCAGCCAGAAUCUGUUGUUAAUACCAUGAGAGGAAGGGUCAACUUUGAUGACUACACAGUGAACCUGGGCGGGCUCAAGGAUCACAUCAAGGAGAUCCAGAGGUGUCGGCGCCUGAUCCUCAUCGCCUGUGGCACCAGCUACCACGCAGGAGUGGCAACCCGGCAGGUGCUGGAGGAGCUGACGGAGCUGCCCGUCAUGGUGGAGCUGGCCAGCGACUUCCUGGACAGGAACACGCCCGUGUUCAGGGACGACGUCUGCUUCUUCCUCAGCCAGUCAGGGGAGACUGCGGACACGCUGAUGUGCCUGAGGUACUGCAAGGAGAGGGGAGCCCUGACCGUGGGCAUCACCAACACCGUGGGCAGCUCCAUCUCCCGCGAGACCGACUGCGGGGUGCACAUCAACGCGGGCCCCGAGAUCGGCGUGGCCAGCACCAAGGCCUACACCAGCCAGUUCGUGUCCCUGGUGAUGUUUGCCCUGAUGAUGUGUGACGACAGGAUCUCCAUGCAGGAGCGGCGCAAGGAGAUCAUGAGGGGGCUCAAGGGGCUGCCAGACCUGAUCAAGGAGGUGCUGAGCAUGGAUGAUGAGAUCCAGAAGCUGGCCACGGAGCUGUACCACCAGAAGUCUGUGCUCAUCAUGGGACGGGGCUACCACUAUGCCACGUGUCUGGAGGGAGCCUUGAAUCCACAAGUGUAA